AUGGCCGUUCUUAACACCUUCCGUAUGGUAGUAUUGUCCAUAAUGGCAGUCGCUGGAUAUCUGGCAUUUACGUCGGGCGGAGCCAAAACGAGAUUUGGUCGCCAAUAUUCACCAAACUAUCCAAUCUCAUGUACUUCCCAAUACGUCGUUGCAUGGACUUUUGAUGAAGGUCCAUCAUCAAACACCCAAAACAUCUUGUAUGCUCUCCGUGCUAUGAACGUCACUGCCACAUUCCACAUCUCUACCCGAUACAUUACACAAGACUUGACUCUCCAAUCUUACGUCAAGGCCUUAUACAAUGAUGGUCACGUCAUUGGUAUCCGAUUCAACACCAUAUUGAACCCAUCCAACAUGUCUUUGGCUGAUGUCCAAACCGAAUUGAUCAACGAAUCUGCUGUCAUCUACAACGUCAUUGGUCAAUACCCCAAGUACUUGGUUAUGCCAUACGGUCAAACCACCGCUGCUAUCGAUGCCUUGACCAAAUCCAUGGGCUUCAUCACAACCUCAUUCGCUUUGGACACUAUGGACUACGUUGCCACCACUACUUCUGCCAACAUUGUCUCAAACGUAACCAACUACAUGAGUCAAUUGGUUGGUGGUCAAUCAUUCAUCUUCCUCUCUCACGACUUGUACUCUGUCACCAACGUUGCUCUUAACGGAACCGUAAAUGCCAUCCGUGCCGCUGGUUACAAACUCGUUGCAAUGGACAAGUGCCAAGGAUCUACUGCUUACCGUACCAGCAACGGUGCCUCAACCAACACUGGUUCGUCAUCUACCGGAUCUGGAUCAUCUGGAUCGUCAUCUGGAUCUGGAUUGGCUGGCCAAACUGCUGGAAGUGGUGCUCACAAUCUGCAGGUCUCAUUCGCUGGUUUGGUAGUUGCUGCUCUUUUUGCUGCAGUUAUGACUAGCUUCUAG